GAUCAAGUUCGUAUCGAGUUUCCCCCUCCCCAGCGCCGCGAGCAGUCCCCCCCCUCCACUCUCCCUGCAAAUAUGCCGCGAGAAAUCAUCACCAUUCAAACGGGCCAAUGCGGAAACCAAAUUGGCAUGGAGUUCUGGUCGCAGCUCUGUGCCGAACACGGAAUCAGCCCUGACGGCAUCCUUGAAGACUUUGCGACCGAGGGCGGUGAUCGAAAGGAUGUCUUUUUUUACCAAGCCGAUGAUGAGCAUUACAUUCCCCGAGCUAUUCUCCUUGAUCUGGAGCCCAGAGUUAUCAACACCAUUCUUCAGUCGCCCUAUGCAAACCUAUACAACCCGGAAAAUAUCUUCAUGUCGCAGGAAGGCGGCGGCGCGGGCAACAACUGGGCGAGUGGAUACUCGAAUGGAGAGAAAAUCCACGAAGAAAUCAUCGAUAUGCUGGAUCGAGAGGCCGACGGAAGCGACAGUCUCGAGGGUUUCAUGCUGCUGCACUCGAUUGCCGGCGGAACAGGAUCCGGUCUGGGAUCCUACAUUCUCGAAACCCUCAAUGAUCGCUACCCCAAAAAGCUCAUCCAGACUUACUCGGUCUUUCCAAACAGCGAGGAGACCAGCGACGUUGUUGUUCAGCCCUACAACUCGAUUCUCAGUCUCAAGCGCCUGACGCUGAAUGCAGACUCGGUCGUUGUGCUGGACAACGCUGCCCUCAACCGCAUUGCCGUGGACACCCUGCACAUCCAGAACCCAACAUUUGCGCAGACAAAUAAGCUGGUUUCGACGGUGAUGAGCGCCAGCACAACUACUCUGAGAUAUCCCGGAUACAUGAACAACGAUCUUGUGGGGCUAGUGGCAUCGCUGGUGCCAACGCCCCGUUGCCACUUCUUGCAAACAAGCUAUACACCCUUCACCGGAGAUGGUGGCGAAAAACAAAGCAUCCGAAAAACCACAGUCCUCGACGUCAUGCGACGGCUGCUCCAGCCCAAAAACAAGAUGGUCUCGACAAACCCAUCGAAAAAAAGCUGCUACAUCUCUAUUCUCAACAUCAUCCAGGGCGAGGCUGAUCCCACAGAUGUGCACAAGUCUCUGCUGAGGAUCCGCGAGCGCCGUCUGGCCCAGUUCAUCCCUUGGGGCCCAGCCAGUAUCCAAGUGGCCCUCUCACGGAAAAGCCCAUACAUUCAGACGCCCCACCGGGUCUCGGGAUUGAUGCUUGCCAACCAUACCAGCAUCGAAUCGCUCUUCAAGAGAACAUGCGAUCAGUACGAUCGUCUGCGGAAGCGCAACGCUUUCCUCGAGCAAUACAAGCGCGAGCCCAUGUUUGCUGAUGGCUUCGCCGAGUUUGAUUCCUCGCGGGAGGUCGUUCAGGAGCUCAUCGGUGAAUACGUCGCCUGCGAAAGUCCUGACUAUGUCAACUAUAUGGGCGGCAAACCACAGGCCAGCGCCCCUGCAUCGUCCCGACCCACCAGCACCCUUGGGAUGGACUUUACAUCCCGACUUGGAUAGCGAAUCGGUGCACUACCCAUCCUGCACAUAUGUACUUUCGCUGCGACGGGCAUCGCCCUUACUGAUCUAGCUCGUGCAAAACCAAACGGCAGCCCCCGUUGUCGCCGCCACAGCCAGAGACUUGAAUCACCGUUGCCGAGUUGGGUCGGAUAUGGGUCGAAUUGGGUAUCGAGCUAGGAAAGAUAUGACGGAUGUGACUGUGGGAGGGGAACAACUCUGCGAUCGAUGUCUCAUCGGCCGAGUGCAUUGCGUCCGUGCGAGCGCCGUGUGAUUCAGCCAUGCGGCCGAUCAAUGCCAUUCAAUUCAUGACUCAUCCGAGCAUUGAAGUGCCCCGUUUCAAGGGUGCGCUGUACACUUUAUUCAGAAAAAAAAACGGGACAAUAUAGCCGUUUCCAUGAACAUGUAGUAUGUGCUGUGCUUGCGUCAAGCAAAGCCACAAGAAAUAAAGCAGAUCACUUUGGC